CACCACAGAAUCUCACGAUUAACCCAUGUCGAUCGUCAAACCAGACGACACAAGAAUGAAGCGGAUGGGUGGAUCGAAGAACUGAAACCGGUUUACCAAAUCAAUUGGCAUCGUCGGGUAGCUCACUACAUCAACUCAGUGCUAACAAACAUGGUUAUUAGAAACCGGUUUACCCACCUGUAAAGACUCGGAGUGCGACAGUGCGUUUCAUACAGCGCUUUGGUACGUUGACGACUUGGCGGAGCAGACGGACAGCUCAGAGGCAGACGACAGACGAGCAGAUCGGACUUGAAACUUCUUUGGAUACUGAACGGAUUUGAAAUUUACAGGCGAUUUUGUACAUUGGAUCUCAGAAACACAUUGCCAAGAUGGAUUUGAUAAAGAUAUUACAGAAUGAGAAGAUCAAGGAUAAAGUCAAAAUGUUGAGCAAGGAAAUGAGGGGCAUCUUCCUGGAGAAGAUGAUCGAGGAAUCUCUGCAGAGUUCCAGGGAGAUGGCAUCACAGCUGUCCGAGUGCCGGGCUGACAUCAAUGAUGAGUUUGAACAGUUCAAGAUGGACAUUGCAGCACUCAGAGCGGAAUCAAGAGCACAUGCUGAAAGCCGGAAUGGUAGCAGGAAUCGGCGCAGUCGGAUGAGUCGAGCAUCUCGAGCUAGUCGAGCUCCUUCGGAGAUGAUGAUCGUGGACGAGGAACAGCAUGACGAGGAACGCAGGAGGAGGAUGGAGAGGAGGAGACAGAUCGAGUCCGGGGAUGUGUCCCCCAGCUCUAUGGACUCGCUAUCUCCCCACCCAGGCGGCAUGGUGGGCAUGGGGGGAAUGCGAGGGAUGGGCGGUAUGGGCGGCAUGGGGAGAAGAGCUGUGUCACCAAAUGGAAUCAGAUCGGUAUCUCCGGCCAGGCCUGUUACGGACGAGGAACAACAGAAACACAUGCACGAAGCCCGCGCCAUGUUGACGGACCUGGAGCAGACAGAGACCCACAUGGAGAACGAGCGGGAGAGACAGAAGGAGAACCUGGAGAACAAGAGGAGGCGGUUGCAGGAUGACAGGAUGAUGAGAGCCAUGCAGCUGCUGGACGACUGCCUCGCCAUGGACGGCAUGUAUGCCUCUGAGAAGCAGCGACAGACGGAGAAUGUGAAAGCGAGGCUAGAUGAGUUGAGAAGAGGCCGGGAACAAAGGAGCAAGACACCGGACACCCGAGGUUCCGACCAAUCGGCAGACAGACACCCCUUGAACACCCCAGACCCUCAGGACCUUGAAAAAUACUGAUCACGUGACACCAAAAGUGACUAGUAUUGACUGUGCAGGGAUAUAUGGCCACAGAAAUAUCAUCGCUCUCAAACAGCGAGGGCAUACAAUUGCCCACAGCUCACAACAUGUUCUCAGACAUCAGGAUACGCAUGUGUAUUGUUAUCUUGGAUGGUGUCCCAAAUCAGCAAUUAUUCUAAUGGAAACUGUAGACCGUUACAUCUAACGAUAUGCUGAGAGAUAUGCUGCCUGGGUGACGCUUUCAUGUUUAUGAUCUUGUACAAAGAAAGGAACGUUAGGUAACGUUGUUCUGGCAUCGAUAUGAGUACACAAUGCCAUUUAGAAUGUGGUCAAAUGUAGAAGUUAUAUUUGGGAUUACACUUUCUCAGUAAAGUACAGAUUUAGUACUGUGUUAGGUUGAGUCCCAUCUGGGAUUCGAACCCUCACUUUCAGAAUGAGGCACGAGAAUAGUACGAGAAUCUGAACUAUACUCAAAAAGUGUAAUCCCAAAUGUAACGCGUUGCUCUGGUGUGUCUUUGUGAAAGGGCAAUUGUCUCUUUAUUGAUAGUGUUGUGACUGAAGUAAAUGCAGACGUCAAUUAAUAAUCAGUCUCGGUAAUCCGCUCAAGGCAAAUACUGAUGGACGUUCUGUGAAUGGAUCACUGAAAAUCAUUGAGGUCACUGGUCACAUGACACUGGUUGUCAUUGGAUACAACGUUAGUAAUAAUGAAAGGCUAACUGGAGGUUUUGCUUAUUAAAUGGAUAUGAGGUUCCGAAUAGGGACAAAAUGAGGUCAGAAAACUUCCGACCUCGCCAUUUCCCCAAACAUGGCGCCUUUGCUUGGAUUAGAAAUACAUUACCAUCCGGUUUAAUUUAGACAUAUGUUAUUGACAAUCUUUCAUUGAAUCGUAUUCCCAUCCUGUUCAAGUAUGUACUUUAUAACUGUAAUUUUAAAUUAUUGUUUCUUUGCUUUGAACAAAUGGAACGUACCCUGCACUCAUGUAUGAAAAGCGUCUGUUUUAAUGCUGCUGUAACAUGGGUACGGGCACACUGAAGGUUCUAAUAACUGCUGUUUAUUUCAGAUACCCUUAGGUCGAAGUGCGUUUUUUCUGUAAUCUUUAAUAUGGUGUAUACGUUUUAUUAGUUCAUCAAACAUCUAAUAUAUGCUCAUAUCAUGUAUUUUGAAAAUUUUCAUUUGUGAGAGGUUGUGAAUCGUUGCUAGAUUAAAAACAGAUGGGGGACAACUGAUUAGUCGGAGCUGCCUGUUCGCGCAGUAGCUAUAUAUCAUGAUUACGGUUUGUAAUUUGAGGAAAUUGUUAUUUGAAUUUAGUACCAAAUUGUUUUGGGAUUAAAUCAGUACUUGGAGGGAAAUUUGAUCACAUGCACUAUACUGAUGCAAUUAUAUUUUAAUUUAGUGCUGUGUAGAAAGUUUGGAUAAUCCUGUAAUAAGUAUGAAAUUGUCAUCAAUGUGUUAGAUUCGAUUCCUAUCCCACUUGAUUUGCAUUUAAACAUGUUCAUGAUGUUGAAUGCUGCUGAAAGAUGAAAAGUCUUACCAUCUACUGAAUUAUAUUGUAUCAAUCAAAUCAUGUCUACUAUUGUCAAAUAUUUUACAAAUGUAUGCACCCCGUUAAUCCGAACACUGUGCUAUUCCCAGUUGAAUUUACCACAUGUCCGGAUUAUUGAAUCCAGGCGGUGUAGUGAGUGUGUAUCAACAUAGAGAUUCUCAAGAGUAACCGUCCAGGGUAAUGGGGUUCCGGUAUAUCGGGGUUCCGGGAUAACGAGGUUAUCAUUGUAUCGUUUUGUUGAUGAAGAUGACCUUUACAAGUCACAAUGAAUCAAGUCGUUAUGCGUAUAUAGAGCUCUUUUAUUCAUAUAUUAUACCAUUCCCGUCCCGUUUCAUCUUGCUUAAUAUUUUUAUGUCCAAUACCUUUAUAGCAAAGUAUUGGACCAUAUACGUUUUAUUUGACAUAUAUGGCUGUUUUAAUCUCUAUCAUAAAAAUCCAGUUAUGAAUACAAUGGAUAUGUUUUCAACCCCAAAACUAAUGAUUCAUGUAUUUUCUUCAAAAUUGUUAGGCUCCGUUGGUUAGAUUGGGUUCCAAUCUACACGGAUUCAGAUUAUCGAGCUGUGCUAUUUUUACCAAAAAAGACCAUAGUUUGUGACGUUGGAAAAACUCAAAAACUCUAGCAGGUUUGAAAAUGUAAAGGAAAACACGUUAUUUUAAAAA